AUGGUAUCGAGGCUAUCAAAGAGAUAUAGAUCCAGAGUACAGUUUAGUAUAUCCGUGAUGGAUGAAAAUAUUUAUCUUUCGCUAUCUCAGAUAAAUAAAGACAUCAGAAAGGAAAACAAGUCCGUAAGGAAUCGACUUCAGAGUAUUCUUUUAGACAAUAAAUUUUUGCAAGAUCGAGUUAUCCCUAUAUUUCCCCAUUAUCCACUGAUACCCAAUGAAAGAUGUGGGCUAUGGUACUGUAAUCCAUCAAGUUUCAAACAGACCAGUUACUUUAAGAGCACAGACGGGCAUGUCAACCAAUGGGACUUUAGCACCCGAAGAUUGAACUUUCAUUUGUUAGAGACCAUUCGAGAUAAUAAAGGUAUUAUAAUUGUCGAUAGUACUAGAAGAGGUAAAAAAAUCCCAGAUGCUUUGAGUAAGACUGUCCCCAUAUGGUGUGCUGUAUUAAAUACGUUAAUGCUUCAGGAAACAGAAAAAAAUGUUGCCAUCGAUAAGGUACUGUAUCUUCCACCUGAGACAGUUCCCAAAUCAGAAUAUGACAUGAUUAAGCGAAAAAUACCCGAACUAGUUGCUAAACUACAAAAAUUGAAUAUUAUAGAUUCUAAGAAAUUGAACGAACUGUUUAUGGGUAAGUUAUUGCGGCCCAUAUGGGUUCACCCUGGUUCUUCACUUCUAGACCAUUCUGUUGAUUACUUCACGGGUGAAGUACAGGAGUAUGAAGCCUGGGAAACACCUGAAGACCAAAACAUAAUACCCAUUAUUUUGUGCACGGUAAGCUAUCAAGCACAAGAUGGUAUGGAUAAAAGAUACGGCUUCACUUAUGUGCAGGGUGCAGCCGACGAUCACGAGCUCUGGUCUUUUGGUUUGGAUUCAAAUAUGUUUUGGGCCCAUAUAGAAUACCUAGGCGACGCAAGUUAUUCAGACGACCAGUUACAUGAUUACAUCAUGGAUUUGGCUGCUGCAAAGCUGAGAAAUCAGUGUUAUAUACAAGAUAAAGGAAGCUUGGAUGAAGUCUUUGGAAACAUUGAUAAAAUUACGAAUGAGAUAUCUCUAGGAAAAGUGAGUUCAGGCUUAACCAUCAAUAAGAAUUUGAAACAGAAAUUGAAGUCAGAAUAUGGUAAAGUUAUAAUUUUCAGUAAUUCGGUGACUGUUGCUGAAGAUACAGACGAUGAAGAAGAAAGUGGGACAGAUCCGUUUAUUUCAAUAUACAAGUUGCAAAGCGGAGACAAGAAAAGUUCAAAAGCUUUACGAUCCACAUUCCCUAGAAUCCAUGGAGAAAUUCAAUCGUUGUUUACAAAUCGAGAUGAAAAAAUAAAGCCAAUGCUAAUAUGCUGCAAUACAGGUACUGAUAUGUCAAUCGGUGUCAUCUUAAGUAUCCUUUGUACCAAAUAUACUGAAGAAUGGAUGCUUACGUCGGAGUUACCGGACAUCAGUAAGCUUAUUGUAAGAAAACACUUGACAAAAUUGAUUUCCCACUUGAAAGGACGCAACGUUAACCCUUCAAGAGCAACACUGAACAGCGUCAAUAGCUUUUUAAUGUAG